CUACUGCACCGUACAGUGUCUAAAUGGGCGAUCGCAAGGUGAUCAAUGUUUACCUCCUGGGAUUCGGCUUCAUGCUCAUCUUCACAGCCUUUACCACCUGCGGGAACAUAGAGCAAACAGUAAUAAGGAGUUUGACCAACAGCAGUUUCUCCGGCAGCGGUUACAACAGCCUUGCUAUUAUCUAUGGAGUGUUUUCAGCUUCUAAUCUCAUUGCACCAUCUGUGGUAGCAGUUGGCGGACCGAAGAUGUCAAUGGUUUUCAGUGGAGUUGUUUACAGCAGUUACGUGGUUUCAUUCAGUAAGCCAAUGCAUUGGUCAUUCUACAUUACCUCUAUCCUCAUUGGAUUUGCUGCAGCUGUGCUAUGGACUGCUCAGGGGAACUUCCUUAUCUUGAACUCUGAUUGCACCACUAUCAAUAGGAAUACGGGGACCUUUUGGGCUCUGUUACAAUCCAGCAUGUUGUUUGGAAACCUUUAUGUUUACCUACAAUGGAGAGACACAACAACAAUCUCAGAUCAUGAUAGGAGUACUUUGUUUAUCGUAUUGUUCGUGAUCUCUCUUGCUGGGACAGUCAUCCUACUUGCACUGAAAAGCACCAAAAAUGUGGACCACUACUCUGAGAUCAAUGAUCCUCUACUUCUUGACCCUAGACCGUUUAAAGAGAAGGCGAUGUCGACCCUGGAUCAGAUUACAUCAGAGUUCAGGUCAAUGUUGAGGUUAUUCUGUACAAAGAACAUGGUGCUGCUGAGCAUACCAAUUGCAUACAGUGGCCUGGUGCUGACCUUUUACAGUGGGGUGUAUGGAACAUGCAUUGGAGCCACCAGACAGUUUGGGACAAUGGCCAAGGGUCUGAUUGGUCUCUCAGGGAUAUUCAUUGGCAUUGGAGAAAUUCUUGGGGGUGGGAUCUUUGGGCUGCUGUGUAUCAAUAAUCAGUUCCGACGUACUUCAACAAUCCUUCUCGGAGUCAUUGUGCAUUUUCUGGCUUUCUACCUGAUCUUCCUUAUAAUCCCAGGUGAUGCUCCAAUAGGGGAUGCAACCAGUGCUCGCUUUGAGCCCUACCUGUUCCCCAGUCCCUCUGCAGCGUUAGUAAGCAGCUUCUUCCUUGGCCUUGGUGACAGUUGCUUCAACACUCAACUCUACAGCAUUCUUGGCAUCCUGUAUGCACAGCAAAGUGGCCCAGCCUUUGCAAUCUUCAAAUUUGUACAGGAGAAAGGGGACAAGGCGUGACUCACACACACUGGAAACCUGAACUCAGCAGCACCAUUUGAAAUUAGUGCUGAAUUUAAACGGACCCCAUUUUUGCUGCUCCAAUAGACACAGAUUCAUGGACAGUUAAAGUCUGUUAGCUGUAAAGAUCUGAAGUUUUUUUAAAUCCCCAGACCUUUAAACUUGAAAACAAAAAACAAGCUGCAGCUGCUGGUCAGAAUAAAACAAAACUACUACAGGUCACCUGAUAUAGCUAAGAAAAAAAUUAUUACCACCUGUUCCUGCAGUUUUGAAAGAGUUCAUUGUUGACAUUGGUACCCUUCAUCGCGAUCGACGUGACCCAACACCAACACUCAGAACUAACACUUAAAGAUAUAAACAGGCAAGAUGCAGACAAGAUGGUUGGAGAGUCUAGAAUCAGGGGACACAAUUUCAAAAUAAGAGGGAACCAUUUAGAACCAAAAUGAGGAUUUGUUUUACUUAGAAAGUUGUCAGCUGGUCCAGUAUUCACUGGAGUUUAGAAGAAUAACAGGACUGAACAGACUGGAUGCAAAGAUGAUGCUUCCCCUGACUGGGAGAGGUGAGGAGAAAUUUCUUCACUCAAAGGGUGAUGAACUCAUGGAAUUUUAUACCACAAGGCUAUUGGAGAUGGUCACUGAAUAUAUUUGAGAAAGAAAUGGAUAGAUUUCUCGAAGCUGGAAGUAUCAAAGGGUAUGAGGAGAGAAAGGAAGGAUGAGAUUGAGAUGGAUGAUCAACUGUGAUCAUGUUGAAUGGCAGACCAGGCCCAAUGGUCCAAAUGGCCGACUCCUGCUCCUGUUUGCUAUACUUUUAGGUGUGAAAAGUGAAACAAUCAGGAAACACAGUUCGAUAGCACCAGUCUGGAUGACAGGAUUCAAUGAAUUGUCCCUUCGUCUUCCUUUCAAUUCUUUUCAGAACUUUGCCAAUGAGACGAAGUUGUACGCACAUCAGUGCUGUCUGUUAUUCACUGGUUGAGAAUUUGUGCUUUCAGAUUCUCUGAAGGUGUUUUAUUCUUCUUCUAAUAGAGAUUUGCAGAGAUAGGUGAUUAGAAAACCAUUAGCUGUUACUGGAUGUCACAGACCUGCUGAAUUUCUCCAGUAAUUUCAGAUUAUGAUUCAGUUUGUGUUUCAGAUUUUCAGCAUCUACUAUUUUAUUUAUUUGUUUUAGUUUAGCUGUUACUGGAGACUUUCUGGGAUCUCUGCACAGGAGAGAGGCACACAAAUUUUUUUGAUGCUUUUUCUUUGCAGGCUGCUUUGGUUCUAAGUGGCUCCCCCUUAUAUUUAAAUUGUGUCCUCUGAUUCUAGACUCCUGAAUCGUGUUGUCUGCGUCUAGCCUAUCUCUGUAAGUACGAGUUCUGAAUUUUAGAGAUGGUUC